AUGGAUGUUGCUGCUUCUGUGACGGGUAAUAUACUGACCAAGUUAGUAGAUAUAGCAAUACCUCACGCUUGCUAUCCUUUCCACUUCAACAAGUAUGUCAAAGAGCUUGAAACGGAAAAAGAUAACCUGCAAUCAAAAAUACAAGAGGUUCUAGAUCGUGCUAAAGAUGUGAGGAAGAAUAGUCAUAAGGUUGUUGGUAAAGUUGAGAAGUGGAUGGAUGCAGCAGACUCUUUGAUGGCGAAGGUGGUGGAGCUGCAAGAGAAAACAAAGAAAAGAAACAAGAUGCCUUGUCUUAAGCGUUGUCCAAACUUGAUUAGUCGUUAUAAUUUGGCAAAGCAGCUUCAAGAGAAGCUAAAUGAAAUUAGAAAGCACAAUGAAGUUGAAUUCUCAGAGUUUUCUCGACUUACUUCACUUGUAGGCAUGGACUACUUUUCUUCACAAGAUUUUGUGGCCUUUGACAGUAGAAAGGGAGCUUAUGAGGACCUUUUGAGUGUUAUUAAGGAUGAUAAGAUUCAUAUGAUAGGAUUGUGUGGCAUGGGCGGGUCUGGGAAAACAACUUUGGUGAAAGAAGUGGGCAAAGAAGUAGAGAAAUUUUUUGACAGAGUAGUCUUUGUGGUUUUGUCCAAUACCAUUGAUGUAAGAAAACUACAAAGCGAGAUUGCCAGCCAACUAAAGUUGGAAUUCAAAGAGGAAGAGACACAAGGGAGAGCUAGGCGCUUGUCCAUGAGAUUGAGCAGUGGUGAAAGGUUUUUGAUCAUUCUGGAUUACAUAUGGAAGAAGCUGAAUUUUGAGGAUAUAGGGAUUCCUACUGCUAAUAAUCAAAUGGGUUGUACUACUCUUAUAACCACACGCAAAUUUGAUGAUAUAGCACAAAAAAUUAUAAAAGAAUGUUGUGGUUUACCUAUUGCAAUUGCAGCAGUAGCCAGUACUUUAAAGGAUAGACCUUAUGACGACUGGGUUGAUGCAUUGAAAACAUUGGGAGAUCCACAGUGGGUAGAUAUUGAAGAAGGUCUAAGAAAAGAUUCUGAAAUUGAAAUUGAUCUCUUAGCCAUAAUUGGACUAGGGUUGGGUCUGGCUGGAGAGAUUCCCUCAUAUUGGGCAAGGAUAAAAGUGAUGAAUAAAGCCAUAAAGAAGCUUAUAGAUUCUUGUUUACUACUAAAAGUUCAUGGUGAAGAUGGAAGUCAUUGCAUCAAAAUGCAUGACUUGGUUCGUGAUGUAGCUCUAUGGAUAGCAAAAAAGGAGAAUAAGUUGAUUAUGGGACAAUUAAAAGAGGAUAUGAUAAUGGAGGACCAUGCAGCAAAGACUCUAUCUUUGAGGGGAAUCCUUAGUAGUUGCAAAAAUAUCAUUCCUGACCUGUGGCAAAAAAUAGGAGGAGGUAUGAAUGAGUUGACUCUCCUUGAACUUCUUGAAUCCGAUGGGAUAGAAUGCGUGAUAGGCUAUGUAGCUAAUCCAAGUCAAGUUGGAUUCAUCUCCAAUUUGACUCGUCUAGCUCUUUCAAAGCUGAAGAAUCUGAAGACUUUGAAUAGUGGUGAGCUUCCUCAAGGCCUUUUUGCAAACUUGGAGGAACUUGAUAUAAAAAACUGUGAUUCGCUUGAGCAGGUACUGACAGAAGAUGAGAAAGAAAUAGUUGAUGGAAGUGAAUAUCAAAGUUAUGAAAAUGCAUUCCCAAAAUUGAAAAGACUUAUAAUAUCGGAUUGCAAAAAACUAGAAUACUUAAUGCCUAUCUCUUUCGCAAAGAGCCUUACACAUUUGGAACAUUUAUAUGUGGCUGGAAGUGAUGAAUUAAGAAGUGUGUUUGGCCAAUCUCUUUAUGAAGGCUUAAAUCUAAAUAGGCCUCAAAUGAUUGAGUUUUCUGCUCUGGAGUAUCUUCAACUUAGGAAAAUGCCAAAUAUCAUUAGUAUAUGUCCUGAAAAUUAUCAUCUGACGUGGCCUUCUUUGAAAUUGUUGGAUUCAUAUCAAUGUCCACGGUUAAAUAUAAAGUUUACCAAUUAUCGGGUUGGAUAUGGUGGAUUGAGACAAGAGGAUGAUCAGAUGAUUUCUGAGGACCAAUCAAAGGUGGUUGUGGCCUUUCAAGAAACUUUACAGCGACUACAUGUUUCACAUAAUGAUGAAGCAGAAUGUGGAAAUUUGAAAGAAGUAUUCCCUUCAUUCAUCUUGAAAGACCUCCCGCAACUGAGGGAACUUCACAUUGAAGGCUGUGAUGAGUUGGAGAAAAUCAUUGAAGAAGACGAUCAAAAUGUGUCAACCUCUCCACAACUUGUCUUCCCAAGACUUGUUUCAAUAAUGAUCAAAUAUUGCCAUAAGUUGAAAUCCGUAUUCCCUAAGAUCUCUACAUGCGGAGUGAUCCCAAAUCUAAAGGCACUGUCCAUAGAAGAUGCACCUGUACUAGACCAAGUAUUUGGAGAUGACACAACACACACAUACCAGGAUGUCACUCCAGCAUUGAAAUAUGUUGUACUUUGGAAGCUUCCCUCACUCACUUCGAUUGCUCCAUCCAUCGCUUUUCAAAAUGUGACACACAUUGUUGCGCUAGAAUGUCCCAAACUAUCUCUCACUUCCUCUAUUACUCCUCUAGAAAUGCUCGACGAAUUGACAAAAGGUACUUCAUAA